AUGUGGAGGCUUAAGAUAGCAGAGGGUGGAAAAGACCCUUAUAUCUUCAGCACAAACAACUUUGUUGGAAGGCAGAUAUGGGAGUUUGACCCUCAGGCUGGUACCCCACAAGAGAGGGCUGAGUUUCUUAAGGAGAAAAACUUCAAACAAACAAUUCCCCCGGUAAAGGUCGAGGAUGGAGAGGAAAUCACAAAUGAAAAGGCCACAGCUGCACUGAGAAGGGCCGUCCAUUUCUUUUCGGCCUUACAGGCUAGUGAUGGCCAUUGGCCUGCUGAAAAUGCUGGCCCAUUAUUUUUCCUUCCCCCCUUGGUAAUGUGUUUGUACAUUACAGGACAUCUUAAUAUUGUGUUCCCUGCUGAGUAUCAAAAGGAAAUCCUCCGAUACAUAUACUAUCAUCAGAAUGAAGAUGGUGGGUGGGGAUUACACAUAGAGGGCCACAAUAUUUUUUUGAGAUUUGUCUGUUUUUAUAUGGAUUUCCCAAAGAAAUCUAUUACAUGA